CGUGGUUUCGUCAUAACAAUGCAUUUCAAGGAACGUACACGCGCCAAGGAAUGUUUCCUGUCGCUGGGCAGCUAACGUUGUCUUUUCGAACGUUUAACGGUUUUAUUCCCUGCUUCGGUAAACGUUGCCGUUAACGGACAGGCCGGUGUUCACGGUUUCUGGAGUAAACGGGUUCCCUAUGCAGCAGUUGGAAGCGUGUGUUAGCCGACAAGCGCUAGCAAGCUAACAGCAGCUCCGUCCGACAUUGUCAAAAAAAUCUGUCGGAGGAAACAACAGUCGAUUGAUAGUCAGGUAACGUUAGUUUAUGUCGGGUGGUGGUUGUCGGUUAGAGGCGGUUACACGCAAGGAGAACUUGAUGGGACACAACAUUUCGGAGGCUGAGACACCUGCCAUCUCCCCUUCUCACCGAGCAAGCAAACUAGCUAAGAAAGGUUAAGACAAUCAGAGGCAACAUACAAGUGCCUCCACUGUACAGUUUCCUUUCCCAGAGCGUGACUCGUCUGCACGACGUCACCAAUGCGACCAUGGGAAAUAGCAGUAAAUAGGCUGCCACCAACAGCCCCCUUAAACCCGAGGAGGUUCCUUGGAGAGCCCUGCAACGCCCCAGUGCAUCUCAGGAGAAGCCCACCAGUGAGACGCCAGUGGGGGAGACGAGACAGACCUGUACUGCACACUUCUCUGGUCCAGGAUGAGAACUUCCAUCACCUGCUUUUCUCCCAACAUCACCAACAGGUUCCUUUAGAUGAGUCCAGACAAUACAGCCACACCAGCACACCACCACGCAUGCUUCACCCUGCUGCUCACCUGCCCCAGCAGAGCCCCAUCAUGGUGGAUCUACACGACCAGAUGCACCAGGGAUCCGUUCCAAUAUCAUACACUGUUACGACGGUGACGACCCAUGGAUUUCCCAUCCACACCGGGCAGCCCCUUCCAGGGUGCAACACUCAGCAGCUCCCAGCAUGCUCGGUAAUGUUCAGCGGACAGCUCUCUCUGCUCUGCUGCCUUCCUCCUCCUCUCAUACAGGCAUGCACCAUGCAGCAUAUGCCAGUGUCUUAUCAAGCCUUUCCACCGCUGAUCUCCAGCGAACAUUUUGUAUUGCACCCAACCCCAUCUGUACCCCCCCACCAGCCGCCGCACCUUACUCCUUUGAGCCAGUUUGUCCCUUUACAGCCUCAGCACCCACGCAUGCCUCUACAGAGGGUAGACAAUGAAGUUGACCUAAGAGGGGACCAGCACCCAUUAGGGACCUUCUCCUACCCUCCCUCUCAUCACCCACCAGCGCUGCCUCCUUCUCUGCCCCUACAGUAUCUUCCUCAAGAGCCUCUGCAUCAGGAGCUUCCCUUUGGAGUGCCAUAUCCCCACAUGCUGCCCCGGCGAGUGAGUGGACAGAGAUACCGGUUGCAGCAACCUCUCCCACCUCCUCCUCCCCCUCCAUCUUACUACCCAGGCUUCCUCCCUUACUUCCUGUCAAUGCUUCCUGUGCCUCCAACAGCAGUGGGCCCAGCCAUCAGCCUAGACCUGGAUGUGGAUGAUGUGGAGAUGGAGAACUAUGAGGCAUUACUGAAUCUGGCGGAGAGGUUGGGUGAAGCGAAACCACGUGGACUCACUAAAGCAGAUAUAGAGCAACUUCCGUCCUACAGAUUCAACUCAGAGAAUCAUCUAUCUGAACAAACGCUGUGUGUUGUGUGCUUUAGUGACUUUGAGUGUAGGCAGCUACUUCGGGUAUUACCUUGUAACCAUGAAUUCCACGCGAAGUGUGUGGAUAAAUGGUUAAAGACCAAUCGCACUUGUCCUAUCUGCCGAGCUGAUGCCUCGGACGUACACCGGGAGGUGGAGUGAGAACUGUCUCUGAGUGCUGAACUGGAAAGCUGCACACACCAGAGUCUGUCCCAAAACUGGGGACACCUGCCACCUAACCUGCGUCCUCCAGUAAAUAUAGCUUACCAACCCACCACUCCUGCCCCUCCCUAAAUAAUAAGCAAUCCAGGAUUUGUUUCUGGAGCCUGUUGUACCUCUGCUGUGCUUCAUUGUCCAAGUCUCAUGAAACCCACUGCCUAUCGCAGCCUAUAGCCAGAGUUCUGGGAUCGCCAGCCAGUUCUUUCUCUGCCCCCUCGUUGCAGAUUCCAAAGAUUUCCCCUACAAUGCAUUAUUUGCUGCUUUUGUUUACAGGGUUUCAUUUUUAUUUAGUGGAUUUGGUUGUGGUGUUCAUGAAUAGUGGGAGUCCUGCAUUGGAAGAGGUGAGUCUGGAGCCUGGAGGAUGAUGGGCUGGACACCUUGUGCAAUUAGCAGAGAAAUAAUAGGAAUGCUUCAACAUGGGUAUCUGUGUUUGGAGGCGACGCCUGACCAUCAUAGAUGCAUGUUUGUGUAGGUGUUGGGCAAAGUGACUUGUUAAUAAUGUAUGUUCUGCAAUAACGUAUUGAUCAUUUCAGCAGUUUUACCCCUUAUUUGUUUUUAGAUUUGCCAAUACUAUCGUGACAGUGUGACUUGCUGUGGUUAAAUGCAGAUUCUGUUAAGCCUGAGGUUGUGGACUGCAAGUGAUGGGACAUGCAACCGUGGGGUUUCUUCUACCCCAGAUAAUCCACUCUGGAACACAGAUCUGUACAAAAGCAGUCAUGGAUUAAUGGACUGCAUCUUUUUGAGGUCAUCUGGCAUAACUGCACAAGUGCUACAUCCACCCUCCACGUCAGCAUUGUUCCUCUGGCAAGUGUGUAUGCGUGCGUGCAUAUUGUGUGUGUGUAUGUUUGUCCUGUUCACAGAGCCAAUGCAUUGUGUAACCACUGGAUACAGGGCAGCAUGCUAGGAUUUGCAUGAACUGUUGAUUCAGACUAGCAAUAUUUUAUUCAAGCAUUGCCACCAAAAUUAUCGAAUUUUAAGAAAAAGAAGAGACGAAGCAUACUAAAAGAACUGCUUGCUUAUUCAGAGAGCGCCAUGAGGGAAGACUAGCAUGUGGUUCCACCCUGACUGCGUUUAAGGAUGGGAGUCCUCGUCUGAAGGCUAUGUUGAUGAUGCCAUAGAGCUCUGGAGGCCUGUGCAGAAAGCAAUAUGUGCAGUGAGUGGCGAGUUUUAAAUGAACUUUCUUCCCCUUUUUAGGAAGACUGGGCUUUUUAUUUCUUUCUUUGUGAGCCAAAUCCAAUAUACAGAUAUAGCCUACUGUUCAAGAUUUCAGAUCUGCCUUCUUAUGACCUUGACAAGCACAAACCUAUUACUAAUCCUGAAAAUACUGUCAUUUUCCACUUGUUUUAAAAGUAUGCCGUUUUUAAAAAAAAAAGGUUUAUUUAUUGGUUUUAUCUUCUAGAGAAAAUACAUUGAAGGAAACAGUUGGAGCACUAACAUGUUUGUGUAACGUAUGUGUUAUAAUCUGGUUACUUGGUCAGGUCAUUGUCUUAGGCUAUGGUAAUGGUGUUGUAAAAGAGCAACUGUAUGUAUAGCUUCAGUGUGAAUGCUUUUAGAUAAACGUUUGAAGACAGAAGAAUGUUGAAAACCCUUGUAGAAGUCACUGGUGACACUCCACGUUAACGCCAGCUGUGUAUCAGUGAUCAGGACGGGGUUCAGAUGACACAGAGCUGGAGUGUUUAGUAGUGUAGGAACACUGUUAGACUUCUAGUUCCCUGCUUGUGUUCACACUAAAAAAAACAACAACAGGAUAUAUUUGGGGUGGGAGGGAAAAGAGCAACAAAUGGACUUUUGCUUUGAAUUCACUCUUGUCUCUUAACUGCCCCAGUAAGCACUAACAGGCAGUUUUAACCUUUGCUUUGACGUGUAAAGGGAUCUUGCCUUUUUCUUUACUUUUGUUUCUUAAGUGAAUGUGAGUCUUUGAUGUGUGUGCCACCUUCAAGAGAAAAAAAAGAAGCCAUUUAAUGAGUUAAACCCACAGCUUUGAGAAUUAACCUAUGUGUACAUAUCUAUUCGCUGGCAUAUAUUGUAAGUAAAAAAAAAAAAUCACUCAGGGCCUCUCAGUAUAUAAAAAUAAAGGAGAACAGUCCAUUUCAAAUGGAAAGGAUGCCAUGAAAAGGGUAUAUCUGAAUUUAGUGUGGUUGUUUUCCUCAGACCACAAAUAAUUUAAUGUAAUCAAUUAUAAUAUUCUGUUUUGUCGGAAAUAGUAGAUAUUACAUCAUUUAAAGACAGGCAUGCAAGAAAAAAAGAUCAGUAAAUAUGUUAUUAAUAUUCACUGAAAAGAGGCAAUGUACACUGCAACUCAUUACAAGUGUAUUAUUCAAACCUUUUUGACUUUUGUUCUUUUACUCAAACCAUAUGUUCAACAUAGCGGUUGUGAUCCCAUUUCUAAAUGUGCCGUGGCGCACACUAUCCUACCUAAUUCACUCCCAGAUCUUCUUCAGAGGUGUUUUGCAUGACUUAAAAAAAAGUAAAACAAGUGUGUUAUAGUGGAGGAUAUCUCAAAAUCUGGUGGGGACCUAUUUAAUGGUGCACAAUAUGCAUGCUUGUCAACCAGAUCCCAACUGAUUUUUAGCUCUAGUUGGCUUUGGGUUCUGGGGGUUUGGAUCUUAACGCUCAGCUGAUAACUGCCAUGCAUUGUACUGCACACAUUUGUAAUAGAACUGAAUGACUACAAGAUUUUAUUGCGCUAACUUCAUUUUAUAGAGAAAAAAAAACUGGUCUUGAAUCCAGAAAUUCUUACAUACAUUGUGUUACUGUUAUUGCCCUAACGACUGAAAAUGACAUGCUCUGAAACUACUGUAGUUUAUCAAAAGCCAUAGUGAAAAGGUGCUAGAUGUUCUGCUUUGUAGGUAUGAAAACUCACUUGCGUGAAUGCAAUAGUUUGUCAUGGAUCCCAUGUAUUCUUAAAGCAUGUUAUACUAAUACCCCUAAACAAUGUCAGUGAAAAUCAAUAUAGUUUAAGGGAUUUAAAAAAAGAAUAAAGUGUUGUCAUACUUAUUUCAGUGUAGUACUGUACCUGCCUAUCAGGCUCUUGCUCUCAGUGUAUCAAUAUCUUAAAAUGUAUUGUUCACAUAUAGAUACCUUAAUUCAUGUUAAUGUUAGCACUCUUAUUUUUGGAGUAAAUAUUUAAUUGACAAUAUCCAGCUACCCUAUGAAAUAAAAAGAGAACCUCCCAUUAAGGCCUAGGUAAUGAGGUAACUUUUAAUGACAACUGAGAAUAGAGUCUUGUAGUCUUUCUGUUAAGAGUUAUUGAAUAAUCUCACAGCUUGUGUGGUGCAAAAAUGUGUUCCAAUAAGCAGCUAAAAUUUAUUUAGGAUUUGUGAUUGAUUGCUCCGUAGAUGCCAUUUAUUGUUUACCAAUGACUUUUGCUGUGGUGGGAUAGUGGUUUACUGUUCUUACUCUCCCUGGCCUCUAGGGGUCCUUGCCUGAACACCAGACUACCCACCCGCCAACAGAGCCAGGGGCAUGUGUUCUGUGUUAGGCAGAUAUUUUGCUUUGGUACUUGCACAUUUACAGUUACCUCAUUUUUUCCAUGUUUGUAUUGGGGAGGGUGGGGGGAGAAAACAACUAAUAUAUAUUAUAUAUAGGAAAUGGUUCUUAUUAAUGUUAUAAUUUUUCAUUCCAUUGGAAUCAUAUUGUUUGUAGCAUUUAACAUAACUAGUUAGUGUAUUAUAUAUACAUCUGUAUACUGUUUGAAAUUUUUAAGAUUUGUACUUUUUUUAAAUGAAAGUUGCUAGUUAUGCUUUACCAAGUAGUGCAAUCAUAUUUUUUUUUAAUUGUUGUGGCUGAUUUGAAAGGGUUGUUCACUAAUAAAUGUAUGAUGUAUACCAAUAUAACAUGUCUUAUCUGACUUGAGCUGUUGAAAGUUUAAAAUGCAGUUUUAAAAAUGAUUACAACCCUGAUCCCUCAGUGCUGGGGUGUAAUCACAGUACUCUUUGGAGGCAAGUAGGAGCAAAGUGACUGAGCUGAGCAGGGUCUACGCCAGACUGGUAAACAGCUGGUGUGAGAUUCCAGCUGUCUCUCAAAUUCUGUGAGAAAUUCACAGUCUCUAUAAAAGUAGUAUAACCACGACCCUCAAGGUUUGGGCUUUGGCCAUUUGACCUCAUAACAAUGACUUUGACAAGGAACAGUUACAUAAUCAUAACAUCUUCAAUCAUCAAUGCCAUGAAAAAUACAAGAAAGUCACAGUAGCCUAUAGUUUAUCACAAGAAAUACCAUUAACUGUCGUAGAAUUGUAUGCCAUGAAAGUGUCAUGAUGUCGCAGCCUGUCAUGAAUUUUAAAAAAUCCUGAAGGAUUGCAGGAGUGGUUGUAUGUCAUAUAAAUGUGAUAGAAUGGUGUUAUUAAAAAAUGUUAUAGUACGGUUUGAAAUUAAAAAUUAAAAGUAUAUUAUGCCAUAGUAUAGUUUGACAUUAGAAAUUCAUAGUAUACUAUGCCGUAAAACAAUAUAUCAUAGUACAGUAUAUCAUAAAAUGUGUAUUAAAAAAUGGUAGUAUACUCUGCCAUACCAGUGGUAGUAUUUGAUCCCACUCAGCUAUCAGAUUGUCACAUUAUGUCAUAAAUAAUCUCAUAAAAAGGUCAGUAUAGAUGUCUUAAAAAGUGAUAAAUAAUCAAUAUUAUGUUAUAAAAAUGUCAUAAUAUAGCAUGUAAUAAAAAUAAAUAAAAAUCAUAUGUAAUAAAAAUGUAAUACUAAAGUAUGUAUAGAAAAGUCAUAUAGUAUGCCAUAAAAACAUGAUAAAGUAUGUGAUUAGAAAGUUCUAUUAAAGUGUGCUAUUAAAAUGUAAAAAAAAAAAAAAGGCCAUAUAAUAGUAUGCCAUAAAAUGUCAUAGUAUAGUGUGUCAUAAAAAAUACCAUAAAGAUGUCCGCUAAAGUAUGCCAUACAAAAAAAAUCAAAAUGAAGGAUGUCAUUGAAAAGUAAUUUAAUACUG